AUGGGCGACGAGGACGAGUCUGUGCGGAAAGCUAGAAGCGGGUUUGAGGACUUGUGUCGGGCUUUAAAUAUGGACGAAGAGGCGAGGGACGAUGCGUGGAGAAGCUACGAGAUAGCGAGCAGGAACUUUACGUUAGAGGGCAGUGACCUCCACUGGUUGGCCUGCUCUCUGUACGUGGCCUGCAGGUCUUCAGUGCCGACGGGGGGUAAAGGAACCUCUGGGGGGAACUAUGUCUCCCUGACCAGAAUCCUGCACUGCUCAGAGAUGAGCCUGAUAGUGUUCUUUAAUAAGAUGAAGAAGUGGCAGGACAUGGCCGACCUGCCUCAGGACUUCCGUCAGAGCACCAACAAGCUGGAGAGGAACUUCACUGUGUCGGCAGUCAUCUUCAAGAAGUACGUCCCUAUCUUCAAAACCAUCUUCAGGGCCCCGUCGGAGGAUCCACCCCGAGUUCACCGCAGCCGCAAACAGAGACGUCAUCCCUGCUCUGUGACCGAGGUCUUCAACUUCUGCUGGGUUCUGUUUGUCCACGCUAAAGGGAACUUCCCGAUGAUUAGUGAUGACCUGGUGAACUCCUAUCACCUGCUGCUGUGUGCGCUGGACCUGGUCUUCACCAACGCUCUGCUGUGCAACGCCAGGAAGGACCUGCUCAACCCGAACUUUAGAGGUCUACCAGAGGACUUCAGCAGUAAAGACUUCAGGCCGUCCUCGGGGCCGUACUGCUUCAUGGAGCAGCUGUGUGAGCUGCAUGAUGGUCUGGUGCUGGAAGCCAAAGGGGUCAAAGAGCACUUCUGGAAACCCUUCAUCAAGAAGCUCUUCCAUAAGAGGAUUGUCAGAGGAAAAGAAGACGCUCUGACUGGCUUUCUGGACCCGAUGAACUUUGGAGACAGUUUUCUGUCUCUCACUCGGGUGUAUGAGGAACACGUUCUGGCCACCGGGGGUCUGGAUGAGAGGAUCUUCACCGGGGAGGGGGCGAGUGAAGACAUCGGUACCCCGGGACCCAGUGUGUGUGGUGGUUUGGAGAACCAGGACAAGGCCGCCUACAGGCUCCACGCCGCCUCUGCCUUGAAGGUGUCCACCCCUCUGACCGGGAGGAGGUACGUCCAGGAGAACAUCAGGUCGUCUCCUGUCUCGUCCGCCAUGAGGAGCGUCGGCCGUCUCCACACUCUGCUGUCAGGGACCAGACAAGGGCCGAGCGCAAAGCUGGCCAAGACUCUCAGGAGCUGUGCCAGAGACCCCAGUGAUGUCAUCAGCAAGCGCCUGAAGGACAUGUUUGAGCUCCUGUGUCGCCAUUACGAGGCCGGCAGGGCGGAAGGUCACUCGAUGGAGAGAGACAUGGCAGUGAAGUACUUCCACCUGGCCGAGGCGCUCUACUACCGGAUGCUGGAGUCCAUCAUUGAGAGGGAGAAGAUGAUCCUGGGAGACGCAGACUUGUCCUGUAUCCUAGAGCAAGACGUCUUCCAUCGCUCAUUGCUCGUCUGCUGUCUGGAGAUCGUCAUCUUCUCUAACAGACCUCCAGGAGAUUUCCCCAACCUGAUGACCAUCUUCCAGCUCCCUGCGUAUCACUUCUACAAGGUGAUCGAGGUGCUGGUGCGGUCGGAGCAGGGUCUGUAUCGGGAGGUGGUGAAGCACCUGAACCAGGUGGAGGAGCAGGUCCUGGAGAGCCUGGCGUGGACUAGCGACUCCCCGCUGUGGGAGAUCCUACAUGGGGCCAAAGACCAGGUCCCCGCCUGCAAGCAGGUGAUGCCUCCUCAGUAUUUGGAGCAGAGCGAUGAGAGCAGUGGUGUUCCCCAGACAACCGUCAACCUGGGACCAGAACCUUCGGCCGUGUCCCCCUCCCCCCCCACCUUGUUGGACCGGUACAGCUCCCCCCCCACCGGCCCGUUCCGCCGCCGUCUUUUUAUCGACUCGGUGGACAGAGAGCCUCGGACCGCCACCGGCACAGCGCCGACGGCCAUGACCAAGGCCGGCCUGGUUGCUGCAAUUGCGGCCGGGCAGACAGUGGUCUCCAUGGCGACCGCCACGGUCACAGCCAACAACGGGCAGACGGUCACCAUCCCAGUGCAAGGGAUAGCCAACGAGACUGGGGGCAUCACCUUUUUCCCCGUCCACGUGAGCGUGACCGGAGGAGGCGGAGCCACACUGCAGCCGCUGUCCGCGCAAACCCUUAGCGGCACCCGUGCCGUCCAAUCGGCCGCCAACAAACUUGCAAAACCGGCCAAACCGGCGGCUGGAGGGACGCUGAGGAAAGGCUCAGUGUCGCUAUUCUUCAGGAAGGUGUACCACCUGGCCAGCGUGCGUCUCAGAGACCUUUGUUCCAAACUGGACAUCUCUUCAGGUCUGAGGAGAAAGAUCUGGACGUGUUUCGAACAUUCUGUAGUUCACUGCAGCAACCUGAUGAUGGACCGCCACCUGGACCAGCUGCUCAUGUGUGCUGUGUACGUCAUGGCCAAGGUGACCAAAGAAGACAAAUCCUUCCAGACCAUAAUGAAGUGUUACAGAACGCAGCAUCAGGCCAACAGCAACGUAUACAGGAGUGUGUUGAUCUCCGGGAGGAAACGCCACAACGACGCCAACAAACUCAACUCACCUGAAGAAAUCAUGCAGGAUCCAGCCGGAGACAUCAGUCCACUUCCUUUUCACUCCAGCAGCCACUUGGCCCCCUCACAGCCCAGUAGUGCUCCCUCCACCCCGAGCACCUCCUCGCCUACCACCCCCUCCACUGUGGGCGCCGGUGAAGAGGAGCGAGGAGACCUGAUCCACUUCUACAACCACGUCUACAUCAAACAGAUGAGGCUCUUUGCCCUGAGAUACUCAGCCGGCUCUCCGUCAGCAGCGCUGGAGACCCCCCCCCUGUGUCCGUACCCCUCCCUGAGGACCGGCUCCCCCCGUCGGAUGCUCCUCUCCAGCAAACACUCCAUCUACAUCUCACCUCACAAGACAAGCCCCGCCCCCACUGAAUUGACUCCACAGGACAAGAUCUCCUACUACAUCUCUAGCAGCCCCACCAACCGUCUGCAGGAGAUCAACAGUAUGAUCCGGACCGGAGAGACUCCGACCAGGAAGCGGAGUCGACCUCUGGAGGAGCAGACGUCCCCCAAGAGGGUCUGUCAGGAGAACCAAUCUGCCCUGUUGCGCCGCCUACAGGCAGUGGCCAACGACCGAGGGGCCUCCCACUAACGCUAACACACACACAGACACACACACACUCCUUCAACUUCCUGCAGCUCGUGGGCCUGACAUCAUCCGCCUGGUCAUUGGCUGGUAUUCAACUAAAAAAACAACAACUCUUUGACACUAAAGUCUGAUUUUUGUAAUAAUCAUAAAACAAACAAUAUUGAAACUAUACUAUUCAAUGAGAUCGAUCGGUUUUUAAACGAUUUUAACCGUAUUUACUAUUUUUAAUCAGCAUGUUUUUUGUGUUUGGUGUGUUCGGUGUGUUUGUUUAUGUUUAUAUUUUAUAUCAUAAAGGUAAAUGCUUUAUGUGCUGUAAAUAUUUGUAAAAAUAGAGAAAAUAUAUUAUGGAUUUAAGUGCCUUUAUUUUACUAAUUUUACCUUCAAAAGAUGUUAUGUCUGAGGUAAUAAAAUGAUUUAAAGUGUG